AUGUCCGAGUCUACUGAACCUACCGCCGCCGCGGCCGCGGCCCGGGCCUUCGGUGCGCACCUGGAGGAUGACGAUGGACUCGACGGCGAGUUUGGCACGGCCACCGAGUACCCCGACGAGCUCGACUACUAUUCCCUACUCGGUCUUGCGCAGAAGCCUCCUCCUACCGAUGCCGAAAUUCGAUCCGCAUACCGCAACCUGUCCUUGAUGUUUCACCCCGACAAGCAACCGUCGCAUUUACAAGAGUCCGCCGAGCAACAUUUCCAGCGCAUCCAAACUGCAUAUGAUACCCUGAUUGAUCCCAAGAAGCGCGUCGUGUAUGAUUUACUUGGAGCCGAAGGUGUGACAAGAGAAUGGGGCCGUGGGGGUGCAAUGGGUGCGGGAGGGGACGCUGAGAAGCAGCAAGUGGGCGUGAAGGCUAUGACGCCGGAGGAGUUCCGUCGCUGGUUCACAAAGACUAUGAAAAAGCGCGAACGUAAAGCUGUACAGGAAAUGGUCGACAGUCGGGGCUCCAUCACCCUUGGACUCAAUGCAGAUUCGACUAUUCGAGUUCAUGAAGACGACGAUGUGACUGUUCAGAUUCCUGAUACGGUCAUUCCGGUGUCUUAUGCUGCCAAGUAUUCAUUUGAGACUCCUUUAAGCUUGCCCAGCUUUGGAGGGAAAGCGAAGGAAGAGGAGGUGCAGGAUCAGCGGAAAGAAAGCGAGGAUGCAGGCAUCGUGGAAGAAGAAGUAGAAGAUCCUUUGCAUUUGAGAUUCAAUGCGGGAAUCGCUGGCAACAUCAUUUAUCGCACGCAGCAAGCAAAGGCUCAGUGGGCCGAUGGAGAAGAGGAAGAUCUGAAUAUUCCCUUGCCUCCAGUUCUGAUCGCCAAUAACAUAAGUCUGGGCGCCACCGUAACCCCAAAUGUCCGGGAAUUGAUCGGUACCAAAGGUCUCUGGAAUAAUCGAGUAUUCUCUACUUUGAGAGAUUCAACUGUCCUGGUGGAAGCCGAGAUCUUGCCUGUUCCACUUUUGAGGACAACUGUUGCUCGGGCUUUCCAGCCGAUUCCCGGGAUCAAGCCAUUCCAGGUUACUACAAAAACCACGUUCAUGCGCUCCCUCUUGGAGUCUCCGCCUUCAUUAGAAGUGCAUGUCACAAAGGAAGUGGCCCCACGGAAGCUUGCAUUCUGUGCUUGGUCAAGUGGCCUCUGGUAUUAUCCAAACUUACUGCUUGAUCAUUUAUUUUUCCGUGGGAUGACUUUGGAGGACAUGUAUGCAUCCGCUGGCGAUCUCAGCAGCCUCCAACUUGGCCUGAUCUCCUUACCAAAUCAACCCCGGAAUGUUGUUUCAAUGGAUGACGAUGAUGAUGUAGAGCCCGAAGAAGCUGAAUUGCGCCGACACCUCCGGAAGAAGCAGGAGACAGAUCGUGCCGCCGAGUCCUGGCAGACCUUUGUCCAAGUCAAUCCCGGAGGAGGCGGUCUGAGUCUCACAUAUUCACGGAAUUUGUUCUCAGGGACACCGGCUGAUGACCCAUUGAAGUCGGAAUGGAGCGAUGAGGGCUAUGCCCCCAUGGCGAAGAUGGAGGAUGCCCGAGCUGUUCGUCUAGAAGUCGCCAGUACGGUCAGCCCCAAUCUCUCAUUUGUAUGGAGCAUCAAAGGGACUCGCCGGGUUGGUGAAUUUACCAAGAUGGGUAUUGGUAUUGGCUUCGCAAACCAGGGUAUCUUGAUGACGAUUGGUUGGACCCGACUUGGACAGGGCCUCAACUUGCCUAUCGUGAUCUGCUCUAAGGAUGAGGCUACCCAUGAUGCUGCUAUUUUGGCAAGCAUCUUCACUUGGGCUAGCUAUCUUGCUAUAGAGUUUGGCUAUGUCCGACCGCGUGACAGAAAGCGACGUCGCGAAGCGGCUGCUCGUUGUCACAACCUGCUAAAGAAGCUGGUUCCCCAGAAGCGUGCGGAAAGUGAACAGGCCAUCCAGUUGAUGAUAGACCAGGUUCGGAGGCGGCAGCUACGCGAGUACGAACAAGAUGGCUUGGUGAUUGACCGGGCCGAGUAUGGAUACUGGCCACCAACAGAUCGCAAGCCCAAGCCUGGCUUCGAAGAGCCUCGCACGACGGAUGUGUUCUUCCCGGUAGCUAAUCUUGUUGACCGUGGUCAGCUGGUUAUCGGUGCGAAGACCGUCAAACAUCAAAUAAUCGGUUUCCACGACCCAGCACCACUGUUGAAAAAGCGCCUGAAGAUUUGGUACAGUUUCCAGAACCGUUCCCACUUUGUGGAAAUUGGCGACAAAGAGGGUAUUAUCUUGCCACAGCGCGCCCACAUGUGCCCUGAAUCGGAACAAUUCAAUCCGUUGGCUACUGAGUAG